UGAGAGAUCCUGCUCGUCUUCUUUGUUUUACUCCAUUCAUCCGAGCAAUUUGUGCUGUUUCUUCUCUUCUAACUCAAGCUACCGAGUUAAAUCAUUAUGUACAAUGACGAGAAAAGAAGUGUUGAAUCUGAAGAUGAUACAUUUUCAUUUUCGGAGCAGGGACCUGCAAAGAAUACACGGAAACAAAAAGUUGUUGUUUUCGUGAAGGGGAAUAUUGGAAGUGGGAAAUCCACUCUGUUGAAAGCUUUGCAGGAAUUUUCUAUCUUUACCGAUAUACAACUGGAACCUGUUGACAUAUGGCAGAAUUAUCAUGGGACGAAUGUUCUCGAUCUUUAUUACGAAAAUCCAUCCAGAUACGGUUUCUUUUUUCCAAGUCUCAUCCAGUCCUCCAUGAGAAACAGUAGGAGGAGACAUGGUGAUUUCUCUGUGCAUGAACAUUCUUUGCAUAUUUGCACGAAAGUGUUUUUACAGUACGCAGAAACGCAAAAUUGGGGGUCGUUGUUCAGCAAAGGAUACAACAUGCCACUGAGUUCAGCGGCUACCACAGCUGGCUCAGUCGGUGGAGACAUACCGUCGAGACAUUAA